AUGAAUUUUAUUACUUUAACUACACUUCUACUUAUUGUUGUGAAUUAUGUUACUUCGUCGAAAGUACUAGAACUAAGCGAUAAGUUUAUAGAUAUUAGCAAGGAAGGAACAUGGUUUGUUAAGUUCUAUGCACCAUGGUGUGCUUACUGCAGUAGGUUGGAGCCAGUUUGGGCACAUGUCGCCCAGGGCCUGUAUAGUACACCCAUAAAAGUGGCUAAAGUUGAUUGCACUCGUUUCCCAGCAAUUACGAGUCAUUUUCAAAUAAGAGCAUAUCCUACAAUUAUGUUUAUUAAGGGGACCUCUACUCAUGUAUACAAUGGAGAGAGAAUUAAAGAAGAUAUGGUAAAUUUUGCUUUAAGAAUGGCACAACCACCCAUUCAAAAAGUGUCUUAUGCAGAUAGUAUUGACAAUUUGAAAGACCAGCAUGAUAUCUUCUUCGGAUAUAUAGGUGAACAUCAAGGCACUUUAUGGGAAAUAUUUACAAUUCAGGCUAUUAAAUACCAACCCCACGCUUGGUUUUAUUCAAUGAAUUAUGAUGUAAUAAAAAAGGAACUGAAACCACCAAAUGCUUCCUGUGUCUUUGUUUAUAAAGAGGAUGACAUAUAUUUCUUUGAGACAUCACCAGAACUGUUACAAAAUAAGGAGAAUAUUAAUACUACUCUGGAUAAAUGGGUGCAUGCAGAGAGAUUUGGAUUCUUUCCAAAAAUUACAAGGUCCAAUUUUAAUGAAAUACUUGAAAUCAAAAAGUACAUAGUGAUAGCUGUGGUAUCAGAAAAUAAGUUAAAUGAGAUUUCACAAACAGAAAAAUUCUUUAAGGACAUGAUGGAAGAGAUAAUUAGAAGCAAAAAGCAUGAACUUCAUCAUAAAUUUCAAUUUGGAUGGAUGGGCACACCAGAUCUAGCAAAUUCUAUUGUGAUGUAUGAUUUGUCUAUUCCACAUUUAAUUGUGUUGAACUCAACAACACAUCACCAUCACUUACCAGAUAUUGACCCAGUAUUUAUGACGCCAGAGGCGGUAAUAAGGUUUCUGGACGCCAUACAUAACCAAAUAGCACCUACAUAUGGAGGUAAAGACUUUAUCGUCCGACUAUACAGAGGAUUUUAUGAAGCUCGAGCAACAGUUAGUAGCAUGUGGCGUGGAAAUCCCAUAUUGACAGCACUUGUAUUUGGCCUGCCUCUAGGCUUUCUGUCAUUACUUUGCUAUUCCAUGUUUUGUGCUGAUAUUUUGGAUGCAGAAGAAGAGGAAACAACAGAAACCCAUGAAAAGAGGGAUUAA